AUGUCGAUAUUUAUCUUAAUUGUCUCAUCACACUCUGCUUACCUUUCUAAUGAAAGUGAUGUUGAAUCAUUAGAAACUCAAGUUCAAGCCCGUUUGUCCCUAUUACCAUCUGGUGCAACUAUCACACCUCGCCGUAAUAAUCCUAAUCAAAAUAUUAUUCAUGUACUUGUAGAACAAUUACCAGGAUCAGAAACACAAAUUAUUUAG